AUGGCAGAAGCUAGGAGUAAUAAUGCCCUGUGGGCAGAAGCUAUUGAAAAAAAUGCAGCGCAAGCAGUCAUUAAUUUUUUGAAAACAAAUGUCCCGAAAUCGGACGUUGCCUCUGUAGAGGCUGAAUUAAAAAAGGAUUUUAUAUUUGCUAAAAAGAAAGGUAAAGAGUCGAAGAAAAAAAAGAAAAGCAAAAAGAAGUCUAGAACAUUAACUAGGAAGGAGAAAAAGAACCUAGGAUUUUAUAAUAUUCCAAGGAAUAGUGUUAAAUAUGAUGAUGUGAGGCCUAUGAAUGAAAUAUGGGCAGACUAUAUCAAUGAAUUACUUGAAUUAGAUAAGUCUGUUCCAGACUGCAGUAGCAAAACCUGGGAACAAUUUACACAAACUCUGUACAGGGCAGAUUUUCAUGGGAGUUUUUUACAAAUAGUUAGAUCAAAAUGUCCAAGUUAUGUUGGCAAAAAAAGGUAUUUGCAUCAUGGACACUAA